CAUUUCAUAUGGCGGUCUAUCCUAUCGUUGGGUCAGGGUCGUAGGUUAUAAAUAAAACGUGGGGCGAUCUUUCUAAUCAAAGCCGAUUACCUACACGUAUAAAAGGAUAAUCUGUCUGCAGUCAAACAAUCACAAUGAAUUGGGAUCUGGAGUACGGAGAGUUAUCGAAGGAUAAAGACUUCGUUAACAACUGCGAAGACCUCAAGCAAAAUUUGAUAGAAGUGCAAGAAGUUUUGGAUCAACUGCUGCCGCUAAAAGAACAUUAUGACAAGCUUACCUUGCCUGCACAAAUUGAGCUGGAUUUAUUCCUUGCGUUCACGCUAAAUUCUCUUCAUUGGAUUCAUUUGAGAAUACAAGGCGUCGAUCCAACGAAACAUCCAAUCAGAGACGAGCUACAAAGAAUUAAAGCUACAAUGGUUAAAUGGCAGGAAAUAAAAGAUCGAGAUAAACGCCCAACAGUGGACAUUGAAGCGGCUAAAAGGUUUGUUAGGAGCGGUCUCUAUGACCCUUACAGAGCGACAGGGCAGCCACUUAAUAAAAAGAUAAAAUUUGAUGAUUAAAUUGUUUCAGUAAGUAGGCACCUAAUAUGUAAGACUGAGUGUUGAUUAUUGAAUUAUAAGUCUAGUUAUAAGUUUCUGAUGAUAAUGGUUAUUUAAUUUUUAAUUAUAGGGAAUACACUCUUUUUAUAAACUCAUCAACCAAUUUUACUCUAUUGUUUUGCGUUUAUUUUAAUUAUGACAUUAACCCUUCGAAUGUCUUGUCCCGUAUGUCAUAAACAAUUUGAACUUUAAUGUACAAUUUCAAGGUUAUUAAUUUGGUAGCAAAUUUUUGAUAUGGGCGUUCGAGGGGUUAAGUUUAGUGGUGUGAGAAAGAUGGCUUGUAGUUAUAACCAAAAUAUGUUUUUAAUACUGAUGUAAAUUUUUGUGAAUAUGAAUGCUAUCAAGUUGAAUGUAAGGCAGUUCAUAGUGUGCUCAUACUGAUAUGGUUUUGCACACUGCAUCAGGCGCCAGCGCUAUGUCUAUAUCAAUUUACCACUCGUACUGCAAAAUAUACAUGGAAACCACAUUGGUAUGAUAAUGAGGGCUAACGUGUAUGAAUUCGCCACUAGGGGCGCUAGUGUAGAUGGUGGUCUUUUCCAUAGUUCGGAAUGUCAAAUGUCACUUGUCACUUCAAUGACUGACAGCUGUUCUUUAGUCUUUUGGACCACCAUCAACAGAGGCGCCAACUGGUGGGCAAAAAAACGAUAGCCCUCAUUGCUUUGCAUAGUAGGUGAACCAAAAAUGUGUCAGUCUAGUCAAAGGUCCCACUUUGUCGCUUACCGUAAGGACGAGAUUUGCUUGUAUCUUUAUAUACGAAUAACCUGUCAAAGCGUCUUUAUAUCAAGCAACAAAGUGGCAUGUUUUGCUAUCCAUGGACACAAAUUACCUUCUCAAUUGGUGACAUUAAUGAAGUUCUAUGACAAAUAUUGUAAUAUUUUUGUUAGAGUCACUCAGUAGCUUCACAAACUGAAUACUCUGUGUAAUAAUAUAUACCUGUAGGUAUCAGACAUAAGACAGGUAUAUGUUGAUAUUGAAUUCAUACAAAAUUGUUAUAAAUUAAAAUACACACAGACCACCUACUUUAUUGUUAAGACUCGGCUGUUUCAGCUUAAAUAUGCAUACCUAAUUGUUGUGUGCCUAACCCUUAGACAAUUGAGAAACAACAUUGCAUUCUCUCUUUAUCAAGUAUUAUAAAUUUCAUGUAUGGAAGAAAAACUGGCUAAGGGCUCGUGUCUAGGAGGCAGAUGCCUCAACCAUUCGGCCACCUGAGUCACAACGCUAAGUUCAAGUUCAAUCCUAAUCCGUGGGCACUGAAGGCCUUGGUCACUUUUUCUAUAUCCAAGUUAUAUCAAGUAUUACUUUACUACUACCAUCAUUGUCAUGUACAAUUUAUUUUCAACAUAAUGUUCACCAUUUUAGUUUUAAACCUUAAUGCAAUAAAACAUGUUUUUAUAGU